CACACACAUACAACACGUAGCACAUAUGUGUACAUUUGCUUUGUGCGUAAUUUUUUUGUAGGACACCAGCAGUCGCGUAGUCCAUAAACGAAUUCUUUUGCAGGAUGCACUACUGCUGCAAUGCGCUGAUCACACGUAUAGCGGUAUAAACUAAUUGUCAAGUAUAUAGCUACUAUUUUGUAACAUAAACUGUUGUGCAGUAGCUGCCGGCACUGCAAGUUACUUGUAAGCAACCACUGCUUCUACCGUUCGUUACUACUUAUAGAGCAGUGAAUAUUGUUUUUAAACCCAGCUGCACCAUGACCGCAACUGGGACGCUGGCGCAUGCCCAAGUGGGCCCGUCCUCUCUACGCUCUUCUGGCCAUGCGACUCCCAAUCACACAAGCCGCUCAAACACGCCGCUGCGAGCCAACCGAACAGCACAGGCGCACUUUGACCGCACAUCUACCUCCAUCCUCUUGGGUGGGGAUUCUGAUGAUGGCUGUGUACGACAAAGCGCCUCUGCGUACGUGCCUGAAGGCUUGCCUAGGCCGCCUGCCAGCACUCCCCGCAGACGUCGACUUAGCGUCACGUCCUUCGGCGACGCCGGUGAUCUCCUAUCCAGUAUUGAGCUGUCAAAGCGGCAUGUUGCCGAUGCCAUGGACAACGACUCGCAAUUUCUGCAUCUAGUCGCGAUGUCGCCUCUACGUCGCCCGCUUGACCCCGUGACAGCAACGAUGGUUUCGGAGGUCCAGGUGCCCUUGACCGACUAUGCAGUUCUUGGGCCCGAUGCCACGGUGGCUCACACUGCUAGCCAGGCAAUGGACCCCACAAUCCGCUGCGUGGUUGUCACCUCGCCCCUAACUACACAUGUGCUGAGCUUGCAGGACGUGCAGCGGAUAGCGCGCUUGAGCCACGACCCUGCCGUUGACACCAUCGGUUCGUUUCUGUACGGCAUCCCGCCCUCACCUGCCGUACAUUCUUCUGCGCGGCUGGUGACCGCUGCGGGUCUGCUGCUGCGGCGCGGCGGCGAGUAUGUGGCGCUGCUGAGGGAAGGCAGCGGGGCCUUUGUGGGGCUUGCGAGCCGAGAGGAUCUGGCCCGAAUGAUGCUUGGCGACGGCCAUGAGGUGUACGACAGGGAAGGAGAUACGGCGGCACAACCGCUUUUGUGUACGGACGCAUGUACGGACCUUCAUCAGGCGCAACAGCAACGGCAACAGGAUGCUGCCUUGCGUUAUGGGCCACGGAGUCCUGACCCGGCCUGCGGUUCACCUGCUACCGCCGCCUCGUUAGCCGCUACUGCUGCAGUUGCUAUGUUUGCUGGCGUCGCUGCUUGCCCCGGUGCUGCAGUUGCUGCGACUACUGCAGCAGCCGGGUUGGCCUCCUGCGGUGCGGCCAGCAGUAGCAGCUGCAGCGGCAGCAACCUAGCUGCUGCGUUGUCUUCGGAGCUGUCGUGGUGGCUUCGGCGCGACGACGGCAGGUAUGACAGUGAACGGCUGCAGCGGCAGCAGCAUGACAGCAGCUACCAAAACCAGGAGGAACCGCGAGAGGAGGCCCCGCUGCCCCCGCCACCGCAGCUGCUGCAGCCGCAACAGGCUGUUUCUGAAGCCCCUUAUCAUCAUGACGAUGAUUCACAACAAGCCAAGCAGCAGGAGCAACAGCUGCAGCCGCCCGAGAACCUCCGUCAGGACGAUGGGCCUGAUAACCACCAACGCCACAGCAGCGAACAGCCCCAACGGGACCAGCAGCAGCAGCAGCGGGCGGGUCCCAGCGGCGGUGUUGGAAGUGAGGAGGAGGGCGAGCAGGAGCACGGUGACGAGCAGGAGUGCCCGCCUGCCGAGGGCUUCAUGCGCCUCACGGACCCCGUCAAGUCGGGCUGGGACGUUCUAGACAACGUGGAUGAUGCCUGGGACGUGUUGGGCCUGGUUGGCAACACGGUGAAUGCGGAGGCGGUGGGCAGGAGGCUGCUGGGGGAGGUGACGGCGGCGGCGGCCAACAUAGCGGGUGGCUCCUCGGGGGCUGGAUGGCGGUGCUUGAAAAGAUGGACAACGGCAUGGGGCGCAUCGCCUUUGUGGACAUCUCGUCGCAGGGUUUCAAUCCGCUGGAGCACAGCGGUGUCAACUACCGAGCCGCCAUGGAGACCCUUCACAUCCUCUCAGCCAACGGCCAGGUCUUCAAGGGUGCCACAGCGGUCAUCAAGCUGUUGGCGGCAGUGGACGCCGAGUGGGCUGCUCGCAUGGGCUCCCUCACCGCCGUGCUGCCGCUCAUCUCGCUAAGCUACCUGGCCAUCUCCAAGAACCGUCGGCACCUGUCAGGCGCAUGGGAGCAGGUGCUGCGACUGACGGGAGUGGAAAAGGCGCUGUUUGGGCGGGAGGGACUGU